ACACCUAUUUGAUGGCAUUUUCUCUUUCAGGUGGAAAUAAGGAUAAUAUCAGGGCAGGAUGCAAGAAAUGUGGCUACCCUGGUCACCUGACAUUCGAGUGUCGAAAUUUCCUCCGAGUGGAUCCCCAAAGAGAUAUUGUUUUAGAUGUUAGCAGCACAAGUAGUGAAGACAGUGAAGAAGAAGAGCUACAAAGAUUGCAAGCUCUACGUGAAAAAAAGAAUUUAAAUGAGGAAGAAGAAAGAAAGAAACAGAAAAGAAAGAGCAAAGAAAAAGUGAAAUUAAAGAGAGCAAGGAAAAGAUCUUCCUCAUCAAGUACAUCUGAAGAGGAUAAGCCAAAAUCAAAAAAACAAAAAUCACAAAAAAAAGAAAAGAAAAAAGAAAAGAAGAAUAAAUCUAAGAAAGGAAAGCAUCACAAAAAGGAGAAAAAGAAAAGAAAAAAGGAAAAAAGUUCAUCUUCUGAUAGUUCAAACAGUUCUAGUAGUGAUUGAGCUGCUGGCCUGAUCUAGCUUCCAAUUCCAUAGAAACGAGAAUGCUUUUCCUUUGAAAUAAAUCCUAUUUAUGCUUUGCAAUGCUGUUGUUUUAAAGUGAUACAUAUAUUUUUUUG